UUCCCACACAAAAGCUUGAACCGAAGCAGAAGCAGCAAUCACUCCACUCCACAGAAGCAGCAAACCGCGCGCACAAAACACGCCUCGCUCGAUGCUCGUAUCGGAUAUGAAUCCCGCCUCUCCCGUCCGUCGCCGAUAACCGUCGAUCGACAUCGGAGCCACCAUGAUGACGACGAUUCGGGCCGCCAACGGCUGCUCCUCCUCCGUGCUCCGCUCCCCACCCCCACUCCGCGCCCUGCGCCGCCUCUGCUUCUCCCGCCGCCGCCCCCCCGGGGCGCCCCCCCACCCGGCGGCGGCGGCGCGAUCGAGGGCUCGGUGGUCGGCGGCGGCGGCGGCGGCGGCGCUCCGGUGCGAGCGGAGCUAUUGCGUCCACAGCCUCGUCGAGGGCGUCAUCGAGGAGAUUAGGGAGUCGCGCCGGCGGAGGCUCGCCUGCUCUGCUUCCAAAAUGGCGCUCACCGGCAGCGGAGAACUUUUGCAAGAUAAGCUUGUGAACCGAGCACUGGAGAAAGGGUUGCUGCUGGAGUUCAAAAAAGAUUCUGAGAAAGUAUUGUUGGCAGUCACUCAGAGGCCCGAUGGCAAGAAAAAUUGGAUGGUUUCUGAUCAGAAUGGUGUCUCAUCGUCGAUCAAGCCACAGCAGAUUACUUUUAUCGUUCCCGGUGUUGAAAAUUUUGACCAGAAAGAAAUUUCAGAUUUUUUACAGAGGGCUGAAGAUAACUUGGACCCAACAUUGCUUGAAUUUGCUUGGGUUGAGCUUCUGGAGAAAAAUAAGUCAGUGACAGCGGAAGAAUUGGCGGAGAUGAUCUUUGGCGGUUCAGAACCCUUGGAGAGCUAUUGCGCACAUCUUUUGCUUUCAAAGGAUGAAAUUUACUUCACUGUCAUUGAAGCAAAAGGCUCGCGUAGAAUUUAUGGUCCUCGGCCUGCUGCACAGGUGGAAGAACAGAUCCGUAGGAAGCUUGCACGAGAAGCUGCUGAGAAGGAAAUUGAGGAGUUUGUUCAGUUGUUGACAUCUGCUAAGUUGAUGCCUUACCCUGCUAAACCUCGGAAAUCUUCAUGGCUUACAGAAGAGAAAAUUCGAAAGAAAAUAGAGUCUCUUGAAUGUUACGCAAUUGAUGCAUGCAAAAAUGAUGAGCAGAGGAAAUUAGCGGGCGUGAUCCUGAAGGCAAUGGGACUGACAAAAACAGCUUCAUCUGCAGUGAAUCUUCUCAUAGAUAUUGGCUAUUUCCCCGUACAUGUCAAUCUUGAUCUGUUAAAACUGAAUGUCCCUACCGUGCAUUCAGAUGAGAUAAUAUCAGCUGCUGAGAGUCUUCUUCUGUCACAGUUAGUUGACCUAGAUGAGACUGACCGGAAAGAUCUCACUGACCUGAAGGUGUAUGCAAUCGAUGUUGAUGAGGCUGAUGAGCUUGAUGAUGCCUUGAGUGCAACAAGAUUGCUGGAUGGCCGAAUCAAAGUCUGGAUACAUGUUGCGGACCCAGCCAGAUUUGUUCGACCCGGAAGCUUAGUUGAUAGGGAAGCGAUGAAGAGGGGAACUUCUAUUUUCUUGCCUACGGCCACCUAUCCAAUGUUCCCUGAGACACUUGCUAUGGCGGGAAUGAGUUUGAAACAAGGAGAGCUCUGCAAUGCCGUUACUGUUUCUGUUGUCCUGCACUCUGAUGGAAGCAUUGCAGAAUUCGCAGUUGAUAAUUCUAUCAUCAAACCAACGUAUAUGCUGACCUAUGAGAGUGCAUCUGAGCUGAUUCAUCUGAGCUUAGAAGAGGAGAUUGAAUUGAAAAUUCUAUCAGAGGCAGCCACUCUUCGACUGCAAUGGCGUCGACAACAGGGUGCAAUAGACACAGCAACUCUGGAAACACGCGUAAAGGUGCCUGAUCCUGAGGAGCCAGAACCGGAAAUUAAACUCUAUGUGGAAGACCAAGCUGACCCUGCAAUGAGACUUGUCUCUGAAAUGAUGAUACUCUGCGGCGAAGUUAUAGCCUCCUAUGGUUCUCAAAACAACAUUCCCUUGCCUUACAGAGGGCAGCCACAAUCGAAUAUCGAUGUAUCUGCAUUCUCGCACCUUCCAGAAGGACCAGUUAGGAGUUCUGCUUUGGUUAAGAUUAUGCGUGCCGCAGAAUUUGACUUCAGGAAGCCCAUACGCCAUGGCGUUCUUGGAAUUCCUGGUUAUGUUCAAUUUACAUCUCCUAUCCGUAGAUAUAUGGACCUUCUUGCUCAUUAUCAGUUGAAGGCAUUUCUUCGAGGUGAAUCUCUCCCUUUUUCAGCUGGACAGCUUGAAGGGAUUGCAUCAAGUGUAAAUAUGAAUGCUAGGCUUGCUAAGAAGAUCUGCAACACGAGUCUCCGUUAUUGGAUACUGGAAUUUUUGAGAAGGCAACCAAAGGAAAAGAGAUAUCAUGCACUGAUUCUAAGAUUUAUUAAAGACAGAAUUGCAGCAUUAUUGUUGGUUGAGGUCGGACUUCAAGCUUCGGCAUGGGUGUCUGUGGGGAGGGACAUUGGGGAUGAAAUAGUAGUUCGGGUGGAAGAAUCUCAUCCACGGGACGAUUUUCUUUCUCUCAGGGAGGUCAUUUGAGGCAUACAGAGAUAUAUUCGACGGCUUAUCAACACCUUUUCGUCACGUUGGGAGUCCAUGAUUGAUUAUCAGAAAGCAAGUUUCUGUUCUCAUUGUUAUCAACAUGAAUUCAGAGAGUGAUUCUUUUCUGAGUUGCUGCUAUCACCCACUGACAGAAAAUUGGGAACCCAAAGCCAGCAGACCUCAGAUGACUCACUUUACACAUAUAAUGAGCUUUUGUGGGCGAAACAUCUUUUCAACGAGUUUCUUCACAUUGCUGUGCUUUCUCGAUGGGCGCUUUGGAGUAAUCAGCAGAAGCGGGCUGACCGUGAGAGUUAGAUUGUCUUUGCGGUUGGUAAUUCAUCUUGCUCCAUUAGGAAAAUAAAAGAAAAUUCACCUUACACUGUCUCGGACGCUUCUCACUUCCAACAGGUGAUGGCAUUCUUCAUUCAUUCAUUCAUUCUAGUGCAUCUGGCAGUAAAUUUGCUCCCGAACUUCUGCGUUGGAAAGAGGUGGUAGGGCGUGCGGAAAGUCGAGCGCAAAUUUUGGCUAGCAAGAUUUGGAAAAUCCAUUUCUUUUGUUGUAUCGAUUCUGUAAUAUACAACGAUUGAUGUAAGCCAAAAGGAAGACAAGUCGAGAAAGCAAAGCAGAGCUAUUUUCCUUGUGCUUCCAA